UCGAAAUGACGUGAAUAAAGUCGUCCUUCUCGGCUUGCAACUUGUUCUCUGGGGGCUUGUGUCAAGUUAAUUGUACACUAAUUGUGAUCCAUUAUGUUUAUGGCAGGUACAGGCAACGGGGGCUGCGGGGUAGGCCAGGGGCCAGGCUCUAGUUCUGGGUCCUGCAAUCCGCGAAAGUUUAGCGAGAAGAUAGCACUCCUCACCCAGCGGCAAGCUGAGGACACCGCAGCCUUCCAGGAGGUUAUGAUGGACAUCACUUCCACCAGGAUUCAGGUCCAGAGAGCGCGGCAGGCCAGAAGCUUUGGCACCUAUUACGGAGGCUCCCUUCCCAAUGUCAACCAGAUUGGGAGAAGCACCUCAGAUGUACAGGUUCAGCUCCCCUGUAGUCCAGACAAUGGCUGCCCCAUAAGACUUCACCCAAUGGCAGAGCGGACACAAGGAGAGGGGCGGCUCAGUUUCCCAGUCAGGCCAAACAGGAGACAUACUGACAACUCUCCCUACCGCUCAGUUCAUCUGUCUCCACCACCCGAGCCCAGCUGGAGAAGGAACUGGUCAAGCACAGUGGACAAAAGCCAACAGAUGCACCUUCCCAUCACAGCACUUAAUAGAACUAACUCAGACUCGGCCCUGCACACCAGUGUGAGGAACACCCACACAGGGGACCAUUUGAGCCCCAACCAGCAGGCUUUAACCUCACGGAACAGACGUGGUGUCUUUCCAUAUCCAGUGCCUCCGAUUGAGGAGAAUGUCCUAGAAGAGGGAAAACCAUUAAGAAAUACCAAGAAGUGUCCUGCACUUCCCACUGGAAUCAAAUCACGUAAAUUCCCUGGUGUAAACAUCCUGUCCUCGCCAGAUCAGCAGUUCAGUGCUCUCAACGUCCCGUCCGCACUCAAUGUGAGUGGCUCCUUGCCCGACCUCUCCAGCCUGCACCUCCCCUCCCCACAGCCAGUAGGUGUGGACCCAGACAAACCCACAGCCUGCAGCACUGGCCACCUACCUGGAACUCCCUCUCACCUUGGAGCCAGGGACCAUGAAUUUCCCUUGCCAGGUUUGUCGUUGUCUCUCCAAGGCUCAUACAGUAACCCAUUGCUCCAGUCCUCCCACAGCAUCCCCAAUAUCCAAUCCUCUCUCAGCAGCCACUCCCUUUCCAGCUCUCUGAGCUCCACCUCCUUGAACUUCUCACUCAGCAACACUUCCCUGCAGUCAUCCCCUAGCAACCAAUCCCUCCAGUCCUUCCUCAGCAGUUCUUCCCUAAGCGGCCUAUCCCUGCAAUCCACAACUAGCCACUGUAGCUACAGCAGUGGGAUUGGUGGAUCCCGCUCUUGCUCCUCCUCUUCGCUAUCCUGCUCCCCACGUCCAACGAGCCAGACGCAGGUGCCGCCGUCAAGGAGGCGGACUCCCCUCAGCCCACUGGUCGUUCCCACUGGUGGAGAGUCUCGCUGGCUCCAAUCUAAACAGUUUUCACCGGUUGGGUCUCCAAAGUUAUCUUCUAUAACUCAGGGAGUUCUCCUGAACACCAACCAAUUACCACAGGAAUCAAGGCCACCAGGGUAUCGUCACUGCCAACCUCAACACGAGGGUACUCCAGCAGCUCAGCAGCCCAUGCAUAGAGGCCUGCCACAGCGGCAGCAUUCUCUGACAGAGGGGCAGCAGCAACCCAGGCAGGAACCGCAGAAAACGCCACCACCCCACGAGAAAUCCAGGGAUCUACAACAACGAGGUGUACAUCAGCAGCAGCAGCAACAACAACAUCCUCAACAACACCCACAGCAACAGCUCCCACAGACACACAAUCUCCAACGAGUGGAAUAUCACCAUCAACAACAGUACCAACACCCAAAUCAAGUAUAUCAAUGCCAGAUCCAGCAUGUCCAGACAGAAGGUCAGGACCUGGACACAAAACAGCAACGUCAAAAUGGGUCAAACCAGUGUGAGAACUUACAGCAACAACACUUACAUCAAUUACAAAAGGAACAGCAUCAACGACAACAAGAGCACCAGCAACAACAGAAACAAGUGUACCAAAACCUCCCACAGCAACAGCAAGAGAAGCAAAGGCAACAAUACCAGCUGUACCCGCAACACCCACACCAGCAGAACCCACAUCAGCAACAGUAUCAACAACAAGCAUGCCAAAGACAACCUCAGCAACACCAAGCAUUUCGACAAGAUGAGGUGCCUCAGCAGCAACAGCAGCUCCAGCAGUUUCAACCAUACCAACAGCAGCAGCGGCCAAAUGGCAACCAGCAGCAGCCACAGCAGCAACAUCAGUGGCAUCUCCAGUGUGCAUACCCGCCAUCUCAGAGCCUCAACUUGAGUGGGCAGAACAUGUCAAACCCACAAAAAGUACCAACGAUGCAGAUGACUCGUAAGCAUCAGACCCAAGUCCAGGGAAGGAGCUGGGCACACCAAAAGGUGCAAGGUCAGAAGGACCAGAUUCAGUCGACCAAACUCUCCUCACAGAUUAACUCCUUCAUGGACAACAAUCCGGACCUCUACAAUGCCUCUUCCAUACUGGAUCAUUUCCAGAAUGAGUCCUACAUGGGCCUACACCUCACACCCAGCCAGACUCAGGCGCUUUCCCAGCAGCUGGGACAACUCAGUAAGGAGCCUCUCUGGGGAGAUUCUGGGCCUCAAUCUGUGGUUGGGAAAGAUGGAGGGGUUUACUGUGGGAUCCAAGUACCUCAGAUGUCCGUCCACUGCCAGAACCAAAGCAGUGUGGACUGUCAUAACAUCCUUACGACAGAGAAAACAGCUUUUGAGGAUUUCUCUGGAGUUUUGCCCAUGCUGGGAUUUGAUGCAGACCCCUUUGCCCUGGAUAACCCCCUUCAGAUCGAUCCCCUAGACCUGGAGGAGCUUAACAAGCUGGCAGAUGGAGACAUGGUCGAGGACUCUGUGAAAGGACACUGCUCUAACCUACUUAGGUGACCUGGGGAAUUGGAUGCAUCCAGGAACACUAUUUUCAACUAAGAUGGCGUUCUUGGUAUCCUCUGAUGGCAGCAAUGUCAGUUGUAGAUAAAGUACAGCCAACUAUGCGUUUCAGGAUCUCUCACUGCUGGACAUAAUUUGAUUGGACAUGGUAUUUCUUACAGCAUCCUCAUGUGAUUGGACAGGUCCCAUGUCAUGGGAUUUGAAAAGCAUGUCACUGGACAUUGACUGCCUCACAUGACUGGUUAGCUGACUGCACUUUUUCUUAGUUGUAAUUUAAUGCUUGCCUGCAAUGGAAAAAUGCAGCCAAGAGCUGGCAUCAUCUUCGUCUUAGUGUUAAUGUAGUUGAAUAAUGAAAACAGAUGUGUAGUUUGUAAAGAAAAUAUAUAUUUUGGAAUACAAUUAUGUACAUGUAAGUCGCUCUGGAUAAGAGCGUCUGCUAAAUGACUUAAAUGUAAUGUAAUGUAAAUGUACAUUCUAACAGUCUGCCUUUUCCCCAUCUCUUGUAGAGAUGGAAAAAAAAAAUAUAUAUAUAUAUAUAUAAUCUAAAACAAUAUUGUGUAUAUAAAAUGUGGCCAAGAAACCAGUUAGAGGUCCUUGUUGCUUUUUUAAAACAUGUUGACAUUUCUGUACCAGACAUUGUUUAACAAAGAAAAUAAAUGAGCAGUAAAUAA